AUGAUUUACGUGAACUUCUUAAUAAAUUUCAUCUUUUUGAAAUUUAUUUUGGCAACAUCUCAAAUCAACCCUUAUUAUACUGAUUGGUUUAGUGAUAAUGAAAGUAUCAAUGUUUUACAACAUGAUUGUUUUCGUGUUCCUGCUUAUAUGAAUGAAAAUAACCGAAUCAAUCGAGAAUUACUAACAUAUUGUAUGAGUGAAUCGCUAACAAAAUAUCAUAUUGAAGUGAACAAUUUGUUUCAAAAGUUCACUUUCACUGAACUUGCCAAACAGAACAUAACUAGUUAUCAAUUAUAUAUAUGGUCAGCACCAAUUGAUAUUGCAGAACGUUAUCAACUCUAUUUAAAACAAAUAUCAGCAUCAAAUACAAGUAAUCAUUCUUCGGAUAAAGAUACUUUUUAUAAUUGUACAUUUCCAAGAUUUGGUUUAUCAUGUCAAUAUCAAAUAAAUAUUUUUAAUGAAAAUUAUACAUCUUUAUAUAAUAUGAUUAUUGACUAUUAUGAAAGCAAGUCGACUUUGACUAAUAUCAUUUGUUAUACUCAUUUAGAAUGCAAUCGUGGUCCAUUUCCAGCUUGUUUAGAUUGGAAAGAAAUUUGUGAUGGUCAAAUUGAUUGUAUGGAUAAUAAAAUAGAUGAAGAACAUUGCUUAGAUAUUGAAAUACAUGUAUGCAACGAUAAUGAAUUUCGAUGUACGAACGGUCAAUGUAUACCAAUAUCGUUUCUUAAUGAUGAUGCUGAUAUUUCAGAUUGUGCUGAUCGAUUGGACGAGUUUAUGAAAGGAAUGAAAGUAGGAGUACAUUUUCAAAAUAAACCACCGUUAUUUCAAAAUGAAGAGGAAAAAUCUUUAUCGAUACCCCUUGGAAAUGUUGACUUACCUAGGCG